UAUUAGAAACGUUUGGUGAAAUCGCAUUUGUACCUGACCUCGGUCGCCAGUAUAGACAUCCUAACAAAGAGGCGUACUUCUGCUUUCACAUCUCAAAAGUCGCGUUUCCUGCUAACAGUGAGCGACCAAAGGGCGAAAGAUUUGGGGUUCAAACAGAUUCUGGGAUUUCAAGAAAUUCGCCAAUUCGAUAGCAUUAGAAGAUGCCGGUGAGAGUAGUGGAGCCUUCCUCUCCUUCUCAAGUAGCUGGUACAACUCAAGGAAACACAUUACCUCAGCCAUGUUCUCUUUUAAGUGUUGGGCAGGCUUUCUCAGGGACUCAGAAUGUUUCAAGUCUACAGAAAGAUGAAGCAUGGAGAGUAAAUGUACGAAUCCAAGGUUGUGAUCUCGAUCAUGGGUACUUGUGUGGCACAAUGGAAGCCCUGAAUGUUCCUAUGGCUGAUACACCAGUUGUUACUUUCUGGGAAGGGGAAAUUGUUGACACCAAGAAUUAUACUUUCUUCACGGGGAAAUGGGGAGCAACGGCAGAAGAUGACAUAAAGCAUUGGACAAAGUUCCCAUCCUUCUCACCACUACUGAGCCAAGUGGAAGUGGAUGGCGGAAAAUCUUUGGACUUGAGUAACUAUCCUUAUAUAUUUAUGAGGUGGAAAGAGCAGUACUUUGUGAACGUUGGAACUGACUGUGGACUUACAAUUGCGGGCUUUUAUUAUGUUUGUUUCUCAUGUAGUGAUGGCUCCAUUAAUGGCUUCUAUUAUGAUCCAAACAGCAGCCCUUUCCAGAAGUUGGAAUUGAAGUCCACUAAUGAUGGAAAAUCUGGAUUCAGUUUCUCCUCUUAUGAGUUGCAAUAAAAUUGAAACUCAUGCGGUUGUAUAAGAGAUAGGUACCUAUAUCACCCUAGCUCCCAAGGUACUUUCUCAAUGAUCAGCCAAUUUUGUGAAAUAUGAAGUUGGAAGUGUUCCUUUCACAACCUCGUCAAAUUUGAGAAGAAGUCGAUGAACAAGUUUUGCUAGGAGCUUUUAUGUAAAACAGUGAUGUCAAGGUACAUGUAUCGCUUGGGCAAGCUUGCAGAAUAGCCUGAGCAGUUAUAAGGAUUCUGCUAGUUUACUCGAUUCCUAUGUAAUUUGAGUCAAUGCUCAGGCAUCACUUAAUGCUGGCUCUUACUUGGUACUAUAUUGUCUUGAGAACAUUCUGUUAAAAAUCCAUAAUUUGAUAGCACCAGAAAUAUUCAUCUC